UUCGUUGCUCUAAUACUCCCUCAGCGCGACUGCCAUCCGAGCGGGUCUUGGAUCAUCAAGGCGGCCUCACUUGGAGGCUCACUACGACUUCGCUCCCCCGCCAUCACAUUUUGGCAAGGGCGGAGCAAAAGCUUGGCGGCGCGUGUCUUGCAUCUUGGUAUUCGCGACUCUCGCUUGCCCUGCAACCCGCAAGCAAGCAACACACGAACAUCAACAUCCUCAGCAUACACUCCUACUCCUUACCACCGCACGCGAGCCGCCAUGUCCGAAUACAUCGGCUCGCGCAUAUCGCUCAUAUCCAAAUCCGACAUCAAAUACGCGAAAAAAGCCAAACACGAGAUUCCUGGCUCGGAUACUGUCUACGAUGGCAUUGUCUUCCGCGGCAGCGAUGUCAAAGACCUCACCAUCAUUUCUCCUCCGAAAGAGAACCGACCGCCUCAGAUGCCAAAUGAUCCUGCCAUUCUAGGCUCAUCCGAAGUUCAUCAACCUCCACAGCAACAGCAGCCCCCACAACAGCAGAACCAGUUCCGUGGCCCCCAACCUCCAUACCAGCAGCAACAGCAGUUUGGAUAUCCAGGUCAGCCACCUAAUCAAUUCCAACAACCGCCUCGAUUCCAAGGUCCUGGCGGAGCACAUGGAUUUCCUGGUCAGCCUGGUGCUGUGCCUGGAUAUGGCAUGGGAUAUGGCGGUCCUCCUCCGCCAGGCUAUGGAAUGGGUCCAGGCAUGGGAUUUGGUCCACCACCGGGACAUUUCCAGCAAGGCCCUCCAGGCGGCUUUCCUCCACAGCAACAGCCCAUUGGUCCUCCCGGCCCUCAGAUGAACCAGCAGCGACCACAGCAAAUGUCAGCUAACCAGCAGCCACCGAUUGGCAGCAAGCAGAAUACACCACAACCUGCCGCGAGCGGAGCUCCGCAACCCCCAGCUGUUCAAGCACAGACGAAGCCAGCCGAGAUGUCAACCACACCUAUUCCAGCGUCAGCAGGACCACCUCCUCCGAUCGACUCGAAGCCGAACGUCGCCGCCGCAACAGCACCGGCAGCAGCGAACCAUGCUCCAUCACAGCCACCUGCCGUUCCAAAGCCAAGGACGAGCAACAAGGUCGCUGUACCACUCACAGCUAGCCCGGCUGUCCCGAAGCCAAGAGCGCCAGCAGCUGCACCUCAACCUCCUGCGCCGGUCGCACAGCCCACUGCUACACCUCAAACUGCAACUGAGGCCGCCACAGCUGCUGUCGCUGCUGCUAUGGCGAAGCUGGGAAACGUAAAGCAGUCAGGAGCAGUAGACAACCUGACACAGAAGGCCAAUCAGAUGAGAGUGAAUGAUGAUACCACUCGAGGCCGAGGCCGAGGCCGCGGUGGUCCCCGAGGCGGAGCACGAGGUGGAAGACGUGAGAGCGCACAGAAGGUUGAGAUCCCCAAGGAGGAUUUUGAUUUUGAGAGCUCGAAUGCCAAAUUCAACAAGCAGGAUCUGGCGAAGGAGGCUAUUGCCACUGGCAGCCCUCUGGGAAGCCCGACAAACGGUGAGAAGGCGGACCCACUUUCGAACGGUCAUGCGAAUGGCGUUGAGGAUGUUGUAAUUCCACCAAAGCCGGUCGAAAAAGGCUAUGACAAGAAGUCAUCGUUCUUCGACAACAUCAGCAGUGACCUCAAGGACCGCGUUGAGCAGCAAACGAGCGGUGAUGUGGUCGAUGGGCGGGCAUUGCGCAACCAGGAGCGUGCCAGAAACAUGGACACGUUCGGCCAGGGCUCUGUCGAUGGAGGCUUUCGUGGCAGAGGACGGGGACGUGGCCGCGGUCGUGGAGGUUUCAACCGUGGUGGCAGAGGCUACUACGGUGGCAACGGCGGCUAUGAUAACCAGAAUCGAGGUGGUUACCGCGGCCGAGGAAGAGGUGGCGCUGAGACUGCGACGGCUUAGGGAGGCGUCUUUCUGCAGUAAUUGGCUAACACUUUGUCUUCUAAAAAGCUCGCCAGAUGCGCGCAUGGACUCUUUGUACUAUAUGGAACGUACGAACUACGAGAGAAGAGAGAUACGAAUGGAGAUAAGGAGCGACAACCUGCCGUGAGCGGUUAGACGCAAGCUGCGACCUUCGCAG